AUGAAGCUCCACGCGCGUGCGCACGGCGUCGGUGCCGGUGCCGGUGCCGGCGGCGCGGCAUCGCCCUCCAGCAGCCCCUCCAAGCAGCAGGCGGUGCGGGACCCCUCAAACCCCCAAGAGGUGGCGCAGAUGGUUGCCAAGGCCGAGGAGACCGUGUACGGCCACCUGCUGGACGGCGGCCCGGGGCGCGCGGCGCAGGCCGUGGCUGAAAGGGGGGAGCCACUCAACAUCUCCGCACUGCCCCUGACAACAGACAUCGCCUCGGCAAUUCAGUCCGAGUUGCAGCCAGCAGAUGAGAGCGAGGAGUGGCAGCAGCAGUGGUCCGUUGCAGCCGGCGGCCAGGGCCGGGAGGUAGCGUUCUACAGGGAGCAGAUUGGCCACUCCACGGGCGUGCCGCCAGGGGGCAUUGCCGCACAGGCCCAGCGCGCGGCAGUCAAGCAGGCCGCCAACAAGACUGGAGGAUUCCACCUGCCGCCCGCGAGCCCCGUGAAACGGGCGCAUGGCGGCCGGGGCGAUGGUGAUGAAUAG